AUGGCACGUCCAGGAUACCACACGGACGAUUAUCUCAGCGACUCAUCGUUCGAGGCAGGCGAUGAUUCCGAUGGGGACUCGGCUAUCCAUGACUUCGCCGCAAGCUCGCGGACUGGCGACACAAACACUGGUGAUCUACCAAGCAUGUCGGAAGCACAAUCCAAGGCGCAAGAGGCGGCCGUAGAACAACGGAUGGGCGCUUCCUCUGCAGCUCAACUUUCCCAGCUGAGUUCGCCAGCUCUGUCGGCCACUUCCAUGCCAUGGUCGGAACCAGACGUGUCCAACUUCUUUAUGGGCCCACCGGACUAUGCCACAGCAAUCGCGAAUCAGCCUACAUAUGGUAGCUUCCAGCAAUCGACUAAUAACGCUGCACCAGCCACGGCUCAACAGCAAAGUAUGAGCGAUACUGUGCCACUGGAAGCUGAUGAGGAAGCCGGACUCCUGACUGAUACCCACAAAGACAAUCGCCAACGAAGAUGCCGGCCUAAUUGGUGCGGUCCUUUCUCAACAUGCAAUACUGUUCUCGUUAUCGCAGUCAUUUUGUUGGUCUCUAUACUCUCGCAAGCCGUAGGCAAUGGGCAUAAAGGCAGGGAAGGUGAUGAAACCACGCCGAAAUUGCCCAAGACACCCAACAACAGYACAGGCGACGGAGAAUUCCCUCCUCGGGUCACUCAACCGUACUUUCCGGACUCGCAGUGUGUUUAUCAAUACUACAGCGAAGCGGAACACGUCGACUUUCCCUCGCCUCGGAACUUCUCCUUCACGGAGUUACUGGGGUUCACGGAGACCUUGCCCAUGUCUGAAGAGGUCGAAGGCACGGUGCACGUGCAACCUUCUACUCAGCUCGAUCAGGGAGUCGACAUUCGAGUAAGGAUUGUUUUUGCGACCACAUCGGAACUCUACGUCACGAGGUCGAACUAUAUCAGGGACGGCGAUAAUCUGGCUCUUGUGAAGCCAGAUCUGCAGAGAGCAUCCAACGCCUCCUAUGAGAGAUCAUGUCUUGGCGUAUUCGUUGGUAUAGAAGUUCGGCCGGGCGUUGAGUYGGAGAACUGGGCCCUGUUGACUGGCAAUCUGGACGUUAUCGUUACGGAUGGCCUAUUUGACGAGAUUCCUGGAACGGAGCAGCCACAUUUGGAUGUUAACGGCAACUCUAACUUCACCGCCAUCAGUGGAAAGGGUGAGAUCGCUUAUUGGAGCAGCCGUAGACUGGUGAUUGAGUUCGGCUCGCAAACCAUUCGAGGAGCUUUUGCACUCCGUGAUCUCCUUCAUCUCAAGACAGUGAGCGGCGAUGUCGACGUAACAGUGGAUCCCAAACCAGCAGACCCGGCACAUGCUGUACCUGCAGAGUUUGAAGCACUGUCUACUUCUGGCAGCAUCGAUAUACGAUUCCCAUUCACAGGAGAGCAAUUGCCUCCAAGACACUUUCGAACGACACUCGAGACGGUCUCCUCACCAAUCCGUGGUACUUACAUUUCAGGGACUGCAUUCUCUGCACACUCGAAAUCGGGUGAUAUUCAGGCGGAGUUGCUACCAUAUUUUAUCGACCAGCAGCGUACAAGUCUCCAUACUGAUUCCCGGUCCGGGAAAACGUUUUUGAAUCUUCUGCCUCCCUAUCCCGCAGGCUCAUGGUCAGGGACAUCGACUGAACACAGGUCGACAUCCACCAGCGGCUCCAUCAACAUUGUGUAUCCACCGCAAUGGGAAGGUGGAAUUGUUGCUGAAACAAUCAGUGGUGGAACAUCUAUCCAGGGCAAGGACGUCAGUAUCAUCGAUGAGAGAGAUGGGCCAGGUUUGAAGCGUGUCAGGGCCGAGAAGGGCUCGGGCUCUAGUCGUCUGGGCUCGAGGACGAUCAGUGGGGACAUCCGUGUUCAGGUUGAUGAUUAA